UUGGUAACCAGCUCUAUGCACAUGCUGGAUUUUUUUAAUUUUUGAGUGGAAAAAGUGAGAGAAAAUAUAUCUAGUGACUAUUUGUAAAGAGCUAGGGCUUUUGAAAAGAUAUUAAUUCAAGAAAACCAAAAAUUCUGCAUAAAUUCUUCAAACAAAUGUAAAUAAUUUUUGCAAACUAGGCGUGCUCGGUUCGGAUGUGAAGUCGCAUUUUUCUGGUGAGAUUUUCGAGGGAGACAUCCCGUUUGGUUAAUCAUUAACAGAGAAUGGAUAAGCCCGAGCGACCUAGCCUAAUGGGCCCUCCGCCGGCAGUGGCAAAGUCUGCCAAUCCCAGCAACAACUCUGCGGCCCCGAACCCAGCGGCGUCACCGACUGGCGAUAAAAGUGCACCCCCUCCUAAGCGAAUAAUCAAGCAAAUAAACCUGGACUUUAAAAAACUCAAGGAAGCUGGACUCGAUCGCCAGCUGGCCGAGGUUCUGAGAAAACAGAGUCCAGGAGCCAAGCAGGCAAAGCCAGGGACUCCCCCUACUCCUACUGUGGCCGGAAGUGCAUCGCCAUCGACCUCAGCUGCUGCGCAACAGAAACAACAAUUGCGUCAGACUGCCCCACAGCCCAUAAAAAAGCGAGGAGUGGUUUCGGAUUAUAUUGAAAAAAUAGUGCCUGGCCAGACCAAUGUGGAUAGUUCGAUGCACGUCAAGGCUCUGCUCAAGAACCGAAUCCUGAACAAGAAUACGGGUGGGAUACCGGCCAAGCACUCUGCAUCCCGGCCACCGCCAACGGCUGCUCUGGGAUCUCCUGACCCAUCGCCCACACCUGGAGUCUUUUCGGCGCCCAUAGCCAAGGCGGAUGUCACUGUGCGUCCAAAGCAGCCACCAUUGUUGCUUAAUUUGGUGAACAAGUUGCCGAAAUGUCGAUCUUUGUGUACGCCUAGUAGUUAUGGUAGUAAAGCAAGGAGCACGCCCAAGGAGCACAAUGAUGCACCAACUCCCGAGAUCUCUAACAAGCCGCUGAUACAAAAGUCGCCUUCUCCAGCACCCUCUGCUCCUUCAACACCAGUAGUGCCUGAGCGGAACUCCAAGGAACAUAAUAAAAUGACACCUGGUCCCUUAGAAACACCUAAUCCUCUUCCCCAAACUCCAACUGUUCUGCCACAAACUUGCAAGAGCUCUCUGCCUCCAUUGAUUGUGCUGGAGAACAAAGUCCUGUCCCCGGAUGAGAAGAUAGACCUGAGCAGUCUGGCCAUUCAACAGGGGAAGACCCUGGAAAAGACCGAUGUGAUUCCUCCUCCGGCUCAGUCGGGAAAGGGCAAGGUAAUCCUCAGCACCCAAAAGCUGAAGCUCUCACGAGAGAAACUCUCUGAGAUGGCCAACGAGAUUCGCAACCAGGUGAAGAAAGUGGAGACUAGCACGGAGAUGGAAACAGUUCCAACAACUAAUAUGAAAACCAGUAAUGUGGAACCAUUAACCAUUAAUAAAGAAAGCAGUAGCGAAGUCUAUAACUCUACUAUAGAAACUCCGACUAUUAAGUCUGGAGAUGUGACCCUGUUUCAGUCCCCAGUUAAGCCUUCUUCAGAUUCUAUGGAGGUUACCACUGAUACUCUGUCGAUUAUAGAACCGGCAGCAGUGCCUGUUUAUAAUCCUUGCACGCCAGAACCAGAAGAGGUCCAUGAACCAGAACCACCUCAAGACGUUAAGGUAGAUAAAAGUCCAGAAAAAUCUUCUACUUCCAAGGUUCUGUCGGCCGUUGACUUCAUAGCCCAGUUGGCAGCUGACAAUUCUAUGGACGACAGCAGUUUCAUGGAACUAUCGCCAGAAGAACAGCGUUUGAAUGCCCUUUUUGGAGGCGGAGGUGGAGGCUUCGGUCUUUCUUCCGCAACAACCAUAAGUGAGCCUGAAAAGCCUGAAGAGAUUUUGAAAGAACUUCCCAUACCUGACCCUUCUGUCUUUGUGGAGAGUCCCGCCUGCUCUUCCAAAGUCCUCCCAGAACCCGAUGAAGAGCUGGCGAUUGGAAAAAUUUUGAAAAUGGAUGACGUGAAUAUAUUGCACGCCACCUUGGACGUCAACAGUGAUAGUGCCAAUAUUCUUCGCAUAAGUCCCAAUGCGAUUAAGCUGCAAAAGAGUGUCCAGAACUUGGAGAAGACGGCGGAAGAACCAACCAUCGUGGAGCCUGUUGAGGUUCCCAGGGGGAACCAAAAUCUUGCUGCAAAUAUUUUAGCAGAACAACCCAAAAAUGCCAAUGAAUCGGAAGUGCCUUUGGAGAAGAAAGAUCCGGAACCUGAAAAGGAGGCCAAUCCUCCUGUGAAGAAGCUGCCAACGAGGUCCAAAAGAGCCAAAAUUAACUUGGUUCAGAGGACCAAGAGGCCGAGUGCUGCGAAGGCCAGCGAAGCCAAGAGACCAAAGCCAGAGUUCGAGGAAAACGAUGAGCCGUCGGCUGAGGCAGAGCGCAAUGGAGAGAUGGAGAUAGAGGUAAUUGCUAAUGACGAUAAGUUAAGCUCAGACAUAGUUACCCCUAAUAUAUCUAGUAUUACAAAUAAUCCAAAGGUGUCAUCAGAUGAGGGGCAGUGUAAGGAAGGUUAUGAUGGGGGAGCACAACCGGAAAAAGAACUAUUGCAGGCGGAGGAACAGGAAGUGAAGGAGGAAACAAAACCCGCCACAGACCGUGACCUAACCCAGCUGUAUCAUCCACCCAAAAUGCCAAAGAAUAAAUCACGAAAACCAACUCAAAACCAGGAAUUCGAUGAAUCACAGACCUCCACAACUGCUAGCAAUGUAUCCUUAAUAGACAUCCUCUCCCAGGAGCCACCUCCGCCACAGGGCGAAGCCCAGUUGCCAUUUCGAAAGCAUCCCGAAGAAGUGGAUAACAUGGCAUGUUCCACGCCUGAGGUGAAGGGAAUCCAGAACCUAAUAAGCCACCUGGAAGCCGAGAAGGUGACCACACAGCCCAAGAAGACCUCUCCCAGCUCAGAAGAAACUCCCAAGGCAGGGUCGCGAAAGAAGCUUGUUAAAACGCGUCCAGUUCUUGGAAAGAGGUCCGCCAAAGAAAAGCCAACCAGUUCUAUUGACCCAGUCCCAGUUAGUGUAGAUGUUAGAAGUCGUGUUCCCACUUCCAGUACCAGUGACGAUGAUAGAUCCGAGAUAGUGGGAUUGGAGGAGAAACGCACUCGAACUCCAGUUCUUUCUCUGCAAAAAAAGGUCAACGAAACGGACAUUAGCGAUGAUGCCUCUCCAGACCACGAUGAGACUGAGGACGAGCAGCUGUCCCACGUAAAGAUACUACAAGCUAAGCCGGAGGAUGAAAAAGGCACGCCACAAGUUGGAGUCCAAAACCAAGAAGCUACUGAUUCCGACAGCAGUAGUCCCAUGGAUUUCGCAGAAAGUGUAGAUAUUAACGAGGAUGUAAGUCUAAAUGAGCAUCCAGCGGAAGAAUCAAAAGAUCUUCCUUUGAAUCCGGGUGGUGGAGACACCUUCAAUGUUGUUGAGGCGAACUUGGAAGACUCUUUCAGGAACCUAAAAGAGGCAACGACUGUGAUAAGCGAGAAGGUUUCCCCGAUUCCUGAAAAUGGCACAAGAAGAAGUAGGAGAAGGUCCACAAAGAAAGCUUCCGAGGAAAAGGAACUUUCCAAAAGUGAAAGUCUACUUCCAGCUACUUUAAUUUUCUAUUCUGUGGAAAAUGAUGAAGCGAAAGAAAAACCGGAGGAACCGGCUGUUGAAACAUCAAGAGGGAAGCGAAAGUCUAGGUCGAGUGCGAAGGCUAAUAAAUCCCAGAAUAUUCCAGAGGAGUCUAAGGAUUCAGAGACACCCAUUGCGGUUUCGUCAGCUUCGGAAGAAACUAAGAUUCCUGAAGAGCCCACCCCUUCUGUAAAAUCCCUACGACAACGUUUAUCUCGAAGUAGAACCCCAAACCUGGCUAAUAAUACAACUGGAGAGGUUUCUUCAACUGCGGAUGAAAGGAAGAUCCCUGAAGAGCCGAUAACUUCUUUGAAAUCCCUACGACAACGUCUAACUCGAAGUAUAACCCCAAAUCUAGCCAGUACUGCAACUGGAGAGAUUACGUCAGCUGCAGAAGAAACUCAGAUUCCGGAAGAGCCUACAACUUCGGUAAAAUCUCUACGACAACGUCUAACUCGAAGUAGAACCCCAAAUCUAGCUAGUACUGCAACUGGAGAGAGUCCCUUAGCUGCGGAAGAAACUAAGAUUCCGGAAGAGCCGACCACUUCUGUAAAAUCCCUGCGACAACGACUUUCUAGAAGUAGAACCCCAAAAAUGAGUAAUACUUCAACAGGAGAGGUUUCUCAACCUACAGAUAGUUCUGUAAAUAAAGUAACCGAAGGGGAAAAAGACACAUUUAACAACAUACCCAAAGGUAAACGAAAGUCUCGGUCUAGCACCUCCCAGAAAACAGCUCCAAAGGAUUUGGAAAAAGUAGAAGACACCGAAACCAUCCAGACAGUAACUGGAGAUACAAAAGUUUGUGAUGAAAAGUCGGAAGAGAUGCCUUCUAGAAAACCAAGCAGAAACCGAAAAUCUCGAAGUAAGACACCCAAAUGUGUAGAUGCAACUCCACCAACUGAGAGCUCUAUAAAAAGUAGCGAGAACCUAGAAGAAAGAACUGUAGAAGAAGCUCCAAAGUCAACCGCGGAAACUGAGAUUAUUAUAAAACCCAAAACUAGAAAUAGUAAAAAAGCGGUGCCAGAUAAAUUUGUAGAUUCAGAGGAGCAGGAAAAUACUUCACCAAAAACCGAAGAACUUGAAAUUUCUACAGCAGAAGAAGCAGGAGAUGUAAGUAAAGAUUUGUCCAAAGAAAUAGUUCCAGAAGAUUUCAAACUACCUGAGAAGAGUGUGAGGGGAUCUCGAAAGUCUAGGACUAAAGAGCUGCAAGCAGUGUCACUUCAAAGUCCUGUGAUAAAUCAAGAAUCUGCUGAAGAAUCCAAUGUUUCUUCCAGUCCAGUCCUGGCCAAAAGACAAAGAAGAAGUCGCGGCGUUGAACCAAGUCCUGAGCCUACACUUAAACGGAAGGCUAGGUCCGAUCCUGAUCCAGAUCUAGAAACCGCUUCCACACCCAAAGAAGAACCAAUCCAGACCCCCAAAAGAGGCCGAAAAAGAAAAGAACCUGAAACGCCAAAAGCCGAAGAUGUCCAACCUUUGGAUACUCCAAAGACGCCUUCAAGAAGGGGACGGAAACGAGCAGCCGAAAUGGAUAGUGUGCUGGCCAAGAAACUCAAAGAAGAUGGGGUUCCGGUUAGUUCCUUUAAUCUCCGUCUGCUGCUCAUUCGGAAGAGGGAGCACUUGGAAACCGAUGAGGUUCUGACAACCGAGGGUGAAGGUAAUGGACCUCUUCAGUGUGGGCUGUGCUUGGCCCGGAGCACCUCAGAGAAUUGGCAAGACCAUUUAUUGGAGCACUAUGGAGUGGGUUGGCUCGUCGAAGACACGCCGGAGUCCGUCACACGCCCUUGGGUAAUAAGAAAAAUGAAGGAUUACCUGCUGAUCAAUCCCGACCAACGCUUCGCCUGCCGCAUGUGCAACCACCAGCUAGGCACUGCCAUGGGUAUGAUGCUCCAUUUGGAGAACUGUGGCCGGCAGCGGGUGGCGUGCGAAUUCUGUAAGAAACUCUACGCGUACAUGUCACUGCCAGCACACUUGCGCACCUGUCCCAGGCGACCCAAGAUUGGGGAAGAACUUAAACCAGAACUGGAGGAGGAAGUAAAGGAGCCGGUGUACAGCAAUGCUGGGCGGGCUAAGCGGAAGUCCACCAUCAAGGCCGAAACAAAGCUGAAGAAAAUAGGAGAGGACCUAACAAGCGAAAAUACAACGACGGAGACUGACCAUCAGAAAGAUUUCGAUGGCGACACUUCCGACUAUGAUAUGGCCAUGGAUAAGGAGUCAUCGGAAGAAUAUGAAUCCGAAGGCGCAGACUCUAACGAGGAUCCAAUUAUCAGCGAAGGCGAAAGUGAACCCAAGAGUGACAAGAAAUCCAAGAAAUCAAAGGCCAAGGAUGGGAGCAGGAAAAGGAAUGCCCGGAAACGACCUGCAGUUCAGGGCGAUGUGUCAGAGAAGCCUCCUCUAUUCUCUCGUUACCUUAACUUGGAGCUUAGGAUAGAGGAUCGAUGGAAGAAAUUCCUCCAAAUCAGUUAUUCCAAAGGUUCGUUGUUCCCGCAAUUCAAUCCCAGUUACUCAAUAAUUCCUUCGGAAGAGGCCCAAACGUUGCUGCCCUCGAAAGAAUCCAAAUCCAUAAGGUAUGCCUAUGGAAAUGCGGAUACAUCAGGUGAUUGGCAACAAAUGGGACUGUUUGAGGGUUUCAUCAAAGACGGCGAAUAUAUUGGCUAUCUUGGUGGAGCCAUUAAACAACUGGCAUGGGCUCCUCUGCCGGCCCAGGUCAAGACACAGUACCUACUGUGUUCCCUGCGAACCAAGUUGAAGAGCUUUUCAAAACAUGCAAAAAUUGGAGGAACGGAGGGGGCUCUGCUGAUGCUGCUCAAGUGUUCAGUACCUGAUCAUAGUCCUAGUGAGGAUUUAUCCACCCUUCAUCUGGAUCUCCACUACGGAAUUCGAGUGCCCAAUGGACCAGUUCACAACUUUGUCUUUAUGCCCAGUGGUGGGUACGAUGGAUCCACCAAUCGUUUGGGAUUACUGGCAGUGAGCACCUCCAUUAGCGAUGUUCACAUCUAUGCCUUGCCUUUGAAUCUUUCUGGAGAUGAGCGGAGUUCCUCGGAAAGAAAUGUGAUUCAACUAAAUCCCAUUUUUACCCUUAGCUUGGAUCUAAGCAAUCCUGUGCAGGAUCAAUGCACUCGCAUCUGUUGGUCUCAGGCUCGAGGACAUAAUUUCCUGGUGACAGGCUAUGCCAAAGGAAACGUUGCCUUUUGGGAUAUUGGCGACACAGAAGGCCUCAACUGCACCAAGCAGGAGAACCGAAUCUACUUUGCUCCUCUGAAUUUCUUCUUCAUAGGCGAACGAAAUAUUCAAUAUUUGGAUCUUCAUUACGAUGCCCAUGGACCCCGUUGGCUGGCCGUUGGCACCAAUGUUCGUCGCUUUUGUAUUUAUGACAUUAAAAACUGGUCACAACCACAACCCUUGGUGGAGGGCUCUAGCAUCAGCCAUCUGUAUGUAACCAGUUUGUUUUGGUCGCCCAUUUGUGAGACGAUUAUUGUCGGCAGCAAUGAGCUGUUUGUGAAUCGAAUGACUCGUAAUCUGGCACUGAACCCUUCCGGCAUAAACUACGACUACAAGACCCUUGACAGCACGGUGUGUAGUACGCGUGCAAUGCACUCCAAUGUCCAGAAGAAUUACUUGGUCCUAGGGACGGACAAUGGGGACUUGGUUUUCCUGGAUGUACGCGAAUUGAACUUCCCACCAGCUUUGAAUAAGUCGGCGUUUAUUGUGCGAGCAGUCUCCACCCUGGACUUGGUUCAUUUAAAAGAAGCAACUUCCGAUCCCAAGGAUAUUAUUACUCCGGAAAUCUUUCUCAGGGAUUAUGCUCUGCGAAUAAACCCUGUUUCUCCCGUCUUACCGAAAAAUAGAAGCAAAUAUUUGAAUGAGAAGCGCAGCCCGAAAAACAUUACAAGUAUGCCCCUCAUUCGAUACAACUCCGUACAUUGCAAUUGGAACGUCCCCACCCACAACUUGGUGGCCGUGGGUACUGAACACGGCCUGCUGCGUAUUCUCAACUUUCAGCGGGAUAUGUUCUUGAAAAGAACUUCCCAGUAGUUACCUUCUAAACGAUGCACUCAUCUGAGAUUAUUAUUUAUUGUUUAUACUCGAUAAGCUGAUUAGUUUUAAGGAACUAGUUAUUGAAGUUAUAUGUGAAAAUGGUAUAAUUAUGGUUUAUUUAUAGCAGUUGUAAAAAUAUAUGCCAAUUUUAUAUGGAGUUAUCCUAGUGAAUAGAAAUAAUUAUAAGUUUGAUAUGCUUGGCAAACAAAUACAUUUUGUGUAUUAAAAUUAUAAAUUGA